UAUAAAUGUGUGUGGGUGACAUAUUAGGAAUGUGUCUAGGUCCAAUAGCAACAUGUGGAAAAUAUCUAUGUGGUGCUAUAGGAUUAGGAUUACUUUUUACAGCAGGAGCAGUUGGAAUAGAUUUGGUGGCAGAUUGGCCAAUAGUUUUAAUAAUUCUUGCAUCUAUAUUGGCAUUGAUUUGGUGUAUAAUCGCAUAUUGUGGUGGAUUACAAGAAAGAGAUGAUGAACCAUAGUAUUUAGCAAAAUAAUUUGAAUUAAUAUGUGAGACCUAAGAAAUAGUCAGAUAAUAUGAAGUAUUCAAUCAAAUAAUAAUAGGUAAGGCAUAACUAUGCAAGUGAAUUGGCUGAUGGAUGCAUUCAAAUAUCAAAUACUAUUAUUGGAAUGUUCUUUACCUAAUUGAUAUAUGCACUUAUAUUAUUGAUUUUAUUCUUAUUAGCUACUGUAUUAAUAAUCAUAUAUUUUAUCUAGAUAUGGUUCAUUCCUGUUGGAACUAAAAUUGGAUUUAUAGUAGGCUUGUUCUUUGGAUUUGCAUCUAUUACAAUUAUUGCAUGGACAGCAUAUACUUUUGCAGGUCGAUCAAUAUGCAAAGUUAUAACAACCGCUAUUUAAAAUAAAUGGGAGCUUUAUAAUUUUAUGUAUACUGUAGGUUUUGGUGUUGUUCUUAUGUGUAUAGCAUCUAUUUAUUUUAUUUUCUUAAUAUUAUUCUUUCUAUUUAGAAGUUUAUAAGGAUUAAAUAAUGAGAAUAAGCCAUAAGAUAAAUUGUAACUUAUGGGUAUUUGUUGUUGCGGUUAUGCUAUGGGAAUUAUUGUUUGUGCAUUUAUUUACAGAGAAUCAACAAGUAUUUUAGGUAGAAGUAUAUUUAAUGCUAUUGAUGGUUUGAUCAAAUGUGACAGGAAUCUAAGUUUUAAUAAUCCUUAUAUUUCAUCACCAACUAAAUUAUUAUAUGUGAUAUCAAAUAUUAUAAGUACAUAAAUAGUAAAUUUAUUGGAUACUGCUAUUUGUAUAGCAGUAUUAACAGUUGGAGGAUUUGUAAUAUUUUCAAAUUCAGGAGAAGUAGCUAAAGAAAAUAUUACAUGGAAAUCAUUACUUGCUCCAACAUUAUAUUUUUGUGUAAAUGUUUUUUGUUCUUUGAUUGUAUAAACAAUGAAGAGUAUGAUUUGGGAUAAUGAAGUAGUAAGAUUCACAAAAAUGAACAUUAGAUAAUAAGUGUUGAUAACUCAUUUGAUGACAUUAAUAAUUUUCUUUUUUAUGCCAAUGAUAACAAUACUAAAGUAGUUUUCAUUAAAAGGAAUUGAAGCACCUGAGAAAUUAGCAAAAGAAGAGAUUACAAUAAAGAAGAUAACAUAUUGUUGUAUAUUGGGUUAAUUAAGCAAUUUAGUAUUAUUAUCAAUAGGAGAAUGGAUGACAUCACAUGGAUGUUAACCAGUUAGAAAUUUGGUAUGAUAUAUAAAUUAAUUAAGAGGCAUUAUCAUCAUCAGAGAGAAUAUUAACAUAAUCAUUUAAUUAUGCUACAUUUAUAAGUGCAUGUGGAUAAAUAAUAAUAGUAUUAACAUUAGGAAUAAUAGCAACAGCAUCACAUGCAUUAGCUGGAUAUGCAGGAAUAUUAGCAGCUGCUGCUGGAUUUUUAAUAAAUGUUUUAAUAAUUACACCAUUGUAUUAUAUAGGAUCACUUUCUUAAGAUGGUGCUAAGUUAUGUGUUGCAUCACAUGUAACUUAAGUAGUAUCUGAAAGAUUUACUAAAAUGACAUGGGCAGCUAGAAAUUAUAUGAUAUACUUAAAAAUAACAAAUGCUGGUUCAGCUAUUUUAUUAGCAUUUACAUUUCUUGGUGGUGCAUUAUAUUUAUUUAAAGUUGAUAAUAAUCCAUUAAUUGAUUUUAAUGGUAUUUUUGGAAUAUUAUUUGGAAUUGGAUUAGCAUUUCUUAUUAAAGGUAUGACAGUUGGUUCAGUCAUAUCAAUAUCUAGAAUAUUUGAUUUGAAUAUUUAUGAAAGUGGUAUAGCUGCAGAAAUAGCAAAGAGAAAUACUUUAACAUUAAAUAGAUAUUUUGAUAGUAAACAUUUAUUAUCUAUUUUUUGGGUAUUCAUUAUUACUAUAACUGAUACAAUACUAUUAUUUAUUUUUGCAUAUUUCUUUGGAAAAAGAGGAUCUCCAGGAUUUUUAUUAGGACAUACAAUAAUUAUAUUAUUUUUAAUGUGUUAUUCAAUUAUAAAUGGAACUGCAAUGAAAUAGAGUCGAUAUUACAAUGAAGGUAUUAUAUUAUUAAUAUAAAUUUAAAGUUGAUGAUAAAUUAUCAAAGAGAGGAAAAGUAUAUUAAUCAUGUGUUUAAGGGGAUAUGUUAGCUACAGUUAUUGAAGAGAGUACAGCCAUCCCUCUUGUUGUUUACUUAUUAUAUAACACAAUCCUUGUUACAUGUGCCUAUCCAUUCUUUGGAGCAGAAGGGUAUUAUUUAUUAAAUUAUAUUAAUUUAGAGAUUUAUUUGUCGAAAAAGAAGCAGAAACUAAGUUUUUCUGAAAAAUAAUAAAUACAAAAAUC